UAGUCUGUGCUGGGGUGGGAUAGCUGCGGAUUUGGGUGCUAGUUCCAUAAAUCUUAAGAGGAAAGCUUUACAAUUAAAGCUCCAGAGUCCGCGGCUGUUUAAGAAGCUGAAUGCUUAUUUACAUUUUCUAGAAUAUCUAACACAUAAUUUUAAUUAAUUAAAAUUCUAGUUCAACAACCUUUACCCAAAAUGAUAUUUCUUCAUGUUUUAUGUGAUAACCACCCAGCAAUCUCUUUUUACCGAAAAAACGGUUUUUUCCAUCACGCAACAAUAUCAAAUUAUUACCAAAUUGGGGAUGCUUAUUUUGAUGGUUUUACUUUUGUAAAGCAUCUAAAUACUUCAAAUUAUUAUGGAUCUUUUAAUAAUUUGCUCACUUCAAUUUAUAAAUGUUGUACCUCAUUAAUUGAAUUUUUGGCAUCUCCUUUUCGACGUUGUGGAGGUGGGGGUGGUGGGACUAGUAGAAAAUCUUAA